UGUUUGAGAGUGGGAGUGUGUGUGUGUGUGUGUGUGUGUGUGUGUGUGUGUAUGUAUGCAUGCCCCUGUCCGGGUUUACCGGCUGUGUGCGGAUCUCUGGUGUUAGUUUGGUGAGAGUGUGGAUUUUAUUUGGAGGAAGCUCGCGCCCGUGUCAGUGUGAGAGUGCGUGUGCACGCGCUCCCGGUUGCCUGUGUGCGCGCCGUGUUAUCGCUCCGAGAACACCAAAGAAGCCAUAUCUGGGCAAAGUAUUCACCCGUGCUAUAUAUAGAUAACAGCGUUUCUGAGGAUUGUGGAGGACGUUUUGUCUCGUCCUGGUUGUGGUCUUUUCCUCAUCCUCCACGCACCCUCUACCCGUUCCUCACUCGUCCUCCACCUGUUCUCCACUCCUCUCUCACCAUGUCAUACCGUAAGGAGAUGGAGAAGUAUCGAGAUGUGGAUGAGGAUGAACUCCUGCAGAAGCUCAGUGAAGAAGAACUCAGGAGACUCGAGGAUGAACUUGAAGAGCUCGAUCCUGAUAAUGCUCUGUUACCGGCUGGGAUGAGACAAAGAGAUCAGACGAAAAAAGCUCCGACUGGAACGUUUCACAGAGACAACCUGCUGGCUCACCUGGAGAAACAGGCCAAGGAGCAUCCAGACAGAGACGACCUGGUGCCCUAUACUGGAGAGAAGAGAGGGAAGCCAUGGGUUCCAAAAACGAAGGUUGUAAAUCCGAUUCUAGAAGACGUCACACUGGAGCCGGAGCUGGAGGAAGCUUUAGCCAAUGCUACAGAUGCAGAACUGUGUGACAUUGCAGCGAUCCUCGGGAUGCACACACUCAUGAGUAAUCAGCAGUAUUAUGAAGCUCUGGCCAGCAGCACCAUCGUCAACAAACAGGGUUUAAAUAGUGUGAUCCAGUGUGCGCAGUAUAAGCAAAUUCCAGACGAGCAUCCCAACGACACAGAUGUGGAACAUACACUACUGAUGAUUAAACACAAUGAUCCUCAACUCGUGGAGGUCAACCUGAACAACAUCAAGAAUAUUCCAAUUGGCACUCUUAAAGCAUACGCUGAGGCUCUAAAAGAAAACACAGUAGUGGAACGACUGAGCAUCGUAGGAACACGGAGCAAUGAUCCUGUAGCCUAUGCGUUAGCCGACAUGCUGCGAGUAAACACAACACUAAAGUGUUUAAAUGUUGAGUCGAACUUCAUCACUGGGAACGGAAUCCUCGCUCUGGUGGAGUCGCUGCAGAAAAACACAACACUGCAGGAGCUAAAAAUUGACAACCAGAGUCAACCACUGGGUAAUAAGGUGGAGAUGGAGAUCGCUAGCAUGUUGGAGAAGAACAGCACACUGCUGAAGUUCGGUUAUCAUUUCACACAGCAGGGACCACGCUUACGCUGCUCUAACGCCAUGAUGAACAACAACGACUUGGUGCGUAUAGUUCGCUCAGACUCAGAUGGAGCCAUCACCUUCACUCUGUCGGUCCCUGAGCUGGAGAAAGCCUUCUGUAAAAAAUUCAAAUUCUCCUCCAAACCCAAUAAGAAAGAAAAGGCGUGAAAGUGGCCCGAUUUUCCCUAAAUGUCGGACAGACGUGUAGCAGCAGCAGCAGCAGCAGUAACAGUAGCCUUGGUGUGAUGUUGCCCCCUGGUGGCCUGGAGCUCUGCAGCUACUGCAUUUUCUUCUUUUUCUCUCUGAUUGUAAUUCUACUGUAAUGUACUCAGUACACACACACACACACCGACGCUUUUGGAAGCCUUAUGAGUCCAUGUAGAGUGUACUGAAUUAAAUAGGUUAGAUGUUGUGAGUGUGUGAGACGGAGGUGAAGUUCACAGGAAUCUGCCGUGUUUCCAUCACACACACGUUUCACCAGCAGGGGUUUUUUACACCACCUCACACACAGGUUGUGUUUUACUACCCUAAUAAAGCAAUUAUUGUGGUUCAAA